CAAUAGCAAGGAAGUUAUUUUCAUUUUGGGGAUUUUCCCUUUUCCAAAACGAAACCAAGUGAUGGAUUCAACACCUGCUUCAAAGCGACGUCGUCACAGCAAAGACAACGAGACUGAAGCAUCAGCACCGCUGCCAAAACAAAUGUCACCGGUGGUUAUCUUCGCUCACGGCGCCGGUGCUCCUUCAUCUUCUGAUUGGAUGCUAAGAUGGAAGAGUAUGUUGAAGGAAACCCUAAACGCUGCUGAUGUUGUCACUUUUGACUACCCUUACAUGUCUGGUGGGAAAAAGAGGGCUCCUCCUAAGGCAGAAAAAUUAGUGGAGUUUCAUUCAAAUAUUGUGAAGGAAACUGCAACUAAAUACCCUGGUCAUCCUCUCAUACUGGCUGGCAAAUCAAUGGGUUCAAGAGUUGGAUGCAUGGUGGCUAACAUGGAAGACAUCAACGUUUCUGCUGUACUAUGCUUGGGCUACCCAUUAAAGGGAAUCAAUGGUGCGGUUAGAGAUGAAACACUGUUACAGUUAACAGUUCCUACAAUGUUUGUACAGGGAAGCAAGGAUAGUCUCUGUCCACUUGAGAAGUUAGAGACAACUCGGAAGAAGAUGAAAGCGCUCAACGAGCUGCAUGUCGUCGAUGGGGGUGAUCACUCUUUUAAGAUUGGUAAGAAGCAUCUGCAAGCAAAUGGUUCCACUCAGGAUGAAGCCGAAGUUGCUGCUGUGGAGGCCAUUGCCGCUUUCAUUUCUAAAUCUCUUGAAAGAUGAUGAUGCUCCCUUCUUUUGUGGAUUCUGUAGUGUACCACUACCAAGGUUUGUAUAUACACUUUCUUGUAUCUAGCUUGGCGGUAGUCUAAGCCUUGUUCUUGCAAGUGGGCUGUUUAAUUAUGUUUUGGGUGGUUUGGUCAAGUUUUUUUUCCUUGCUAACAGAGUAGACAUAUGAAUUUGUUACUGACAGUAUUAGAAAUCUACUUGGUGGGGACGGUUUUUUUUUUUAACUUAACACAGUUUAACAUAUUCAUGAUACUUAGUAACAACAAAGUCAUGUAAGAUCCUACUGCGGAACAGAUCAGUGAAAAUAGGCAAAGUUCAAUA